AACCAUUGCCAUGGGCCUCAUCGGCCCCAUAUGCACAGCUGUCAUAGUGCCCACGGGGAUAAAGACCUACCGGUGCUGCCGGGGCCAUAUCUGAUUGUUGAAGACCCCAGCACCUGUGAUAUUGUCAAGGCUACACAGUAUGGAAUAGUAGAGCGAUGCAAAGAACUGGUAGAAGCAGGAUAUGAUGUUCGACAGCCAGACAAAGAAAAUGUGACUCUUCUUCACUGGGCAGCAAUAAACAACAGACAGGAGCUGGUUAAAUACUAUAUUUCCAAAGGUGCAAUAGUGGAUCAGCUAGGUGGAGAUUUGAAUUCAACUCCCCUUCACUGGGCCAUUAGACAAGGACACCUGCCUAUGGUCAUGUUAUUGUUGAAAUGUGGAGCGGAUCCCAGUCUUAUUGAUGGGGAAGGAUUCAGCAGCCUUCACUUAGCAGUGCUGUUUCAACACAUGCCCAUUGUAGCUUACCUCAUAUCACAAGGCCAGAACAUAGACACAACAGACUUCAAUGGACAAACACCUUUAAUGUUAUCAGCACAAAAAGCGAUCGGACCAGAACCCACGAGGUUUCUCUUAAAGUUUAACCCCUCUCUCAAUGCUGUAGACAAUGUUCAAAAGAAUACUGCACUGCACUGGGCAAUAGCAUCAGGAAAUACUAGUGCAGUGGAUCUGUUGCUGGAAGCUGGCGCUAGCCUGGACAUAAAAAAUGUCAAGGGAGAGACACCGCUUGACCUUGCUUAUCAAAGUAUGAAUCGCUUCAUGGUUUAUAUGGUAAAAGAGGAAGAAAGAAUGAGAAGCAGAAGAAAUAACAGGUUACUGAAAAUAGUAGAGAAAUACGAGCUCUUCCUGCUGUUGGCAUCUUCCUUGACAUUGAUGUGGGCCAUAGGAUACGUAAUGAACUUAAGUUCUGAUUCUUGGCUUUUGAAAGGAGGUCUGCUUCUCUUCCUGCUAUUUGGGACAGCUCUGUUUGUGAGGCAAUUUGUGGGGCUCAAGAAUCUAAGGUAUCUUCCCACAGCAUUUCUGCUAAGUUCAGUUUUUUGGAUGUCCAUGACCUUUUUUUUAUGGUUCCUGCCUGAUGUAACAGAUACAAUUCUUGAAAUCACUGUCAUGUUCAGCGUGGUGGGUCUUCUUUAUUAUUUCUAUAAAACUUGGAGAACUGAUCCUGGAUAUAUUAAGACUUCAGAAAAAGAAAGAAAAGAGAACAUUGUAGCUCUUGCAGAAGCAGGUUGCUUGGACUUCAGAACAUUUUGCACAUCGUGUCUUGUAAGGAAGCCUUUGAGAUCUGUGCAUUGCCUUGCUUGUGAUUCAUGUGUAGCCAGAUACGAUCAACACUCUCUGUGGAUUGGACAGUGCAUAGGCAUUGGGAACCAUCAUUACUAUCUAUUGUUCCUGUUUUUCCUGACUAUGACCGGUGUCUGGCUGCUUUAUGGAACUCUUCUGUAUUGGUCAAACCAUUGCGCAACAAGUUAUCAUCAAGAUGGAGCAUGGACGUACUUCACGCAGAUAACAUAUUGUUCUCCAUGGGUUUCCUAUAUCUUCGCAGUAGCCUGUUUUCAUACUGUAUGGGCUUCGUUGUGGCUAACUGUUCAGCUUUAUCAGAUUGCAUUCUUGGGAUUGACCUCGCAUGAGAGAAUGAACCUCCUGAUACAGAGAAAAUCUUCUAAGCAUCCUGUUUCACUCAGGAGAACUCCAUACAAUCUUGGAUGCUUCCAGAAUCUUGCAGACUUUUUUCAGUGCGGUUGCUUUGGUAUGUUCAAACCCAAUGUAGUUGACUGGACCAAGCAAUACAACCUUUUUCAUCUGGCAAAGGAGAAAAAUGUUCAUUCUGUAUGAAUUUUUGCUUAAUUUCUAAAACCAUUGAGCUGAAAGCUAAAUAAAACUGGAUAUUUUGUUAAUUUUUACAAAUUCUUCUGAAGUUGCUUGUUUUUAUUAUUGUUUUAAGUAUUAAACCUAUCUUGCAUAAG